AUGUCUCUACCUCAGAACUUGAAACCGUACUAUGUUGAAUGGCUUGGAUCUGAAGCAGAAAAAGCCACGCAGAAGAACGAAAAACUGGGCGCGGUCUAUGCGAAAGCUCUCGAAAAUUUAAAAUCACACGAAUCAGCGCUCGUGCAUCCGAACGAGCUCCUUGCUAUCAAGGGCAUCGGUAACAGGAUCAAAAAUGUGCUUAAAGAUCGGCUACAUUCUUUUUGCAGGGAAACUGGGUUUGAACCACCACCAGAUCCACAAUUGGUAGUCAGUAACGUAGAAAACCGGCAAAGAACUAAGAUACGAUCUUUGCAGGACGACACGCAGGCUGACGAGAGACCCAAAAAAAAGCGAAGAUAUGUCCCGAAGAGAAGAUCUGGCGGGUACGCCAUUUUGUUGGCUCUUUUGGAAUGCAAUUCUUCGAGGCAGGGUUCCUCGAAAAGUGAAAUAGUCAACCUCGCUUCUAAAUACUGCGACCACCCUUUCCACUCGAAUCCUACGUCGCGGGAUUUUCACAGCGCUUGGUCUGCAGUAAAGACACUACUGGCAAGAGAGCUUUUAAUUGAGGAGGGCAGGCCCAAGAGGUAUAUUCUGACAAAAGAAGGUGAAGAAAUGGCCCAUACUUUAAAGAAAACCGAUGAUAUAACAUUUGAAGAUGAAGCAGCAUAUCAAAUCAGAUUGGGUGCUGAUUCAGCUGGGAAUAAUUCCAACGAUAUCGAUGGCGAGAAUGAGGUCACCGCUGAUUACAGCGCGUUAAUCGAGGCCACUCAGCCACAUCGAUUACCUGGCAUGUUUCAAUCAUUCCAAACAAAGACUGCUGCGGUCCAGGUAGAUAGUAACGCGAAUAAACCACGCACUCUGGCCGGUGGGGUCAAUACAAAGCUGCCGCCUGCUGAUGUCCCCACUAACAAACCCACAAGUCCGUCAAGAGGCACCAAGGAUAACAUAGUGAGAGCCAGGUGGAACGGGAUCAGCUAUGAGGUCUGGGAACCCAACUCCUACGAAAUUCUUCUUGUGAUAGACCAUCGUGAGGUCAAAUCUAAAAGUGAGCGAGAAUUUUUUGCUAACCAGUUACGAGAGAAAGGCGUCAUGGUCGAGACGCGCCAACUGUCGUUAAGUGAUAUUCUAUGGGUAGCUAGAAAUAAGAUCACCAAGAGAGAAUGUGUUCUUGAUUUCAUGCUCGAGAGGAAAAGGCUGGACGAUUUUGCUAUGAGUAUCAUGGAUAACAGGUUUGUGGAGCAGAAAAAUCGGUUGAAGAAGACCGGAUGUAGGAAUGUUUUUUAUUUGGUGGAAGAUAUCGCCAGCGAUACAGCUGUCAAAAUGGCCGAUGCCAUUAGAACAGCCGUAUGGGUGACCAUCAUCUACAAUGAAUUUCAUGUGAAAAGAACCAAAAACCCAGAUGACACAGUAAAUUGGCUCAAGGGUAUGACAAGUGUUAUCGAAAAUAAUUAUGCACAAAAGUCGGUGCUAGUUAUGAGUCCCAGAGAUUUGAAAAGUCAGGAUGAUUAUCUCGAUACCUUACAAAAAUUUCGUGUGCAGUUCGAGCGUGCUAACAAUCUAGAGUGCUGUCAGCGCUUUGAUUGCUUUCAGGAAAUUAUGGACAAAGGAUCCUUGAUGACCGUCAAAGAACUCUUUCUCAGAGCGCUGAUGGUAAACAAGGGCGUCUCUUUAGAGAAAGCAAUAUCUAUCCAGGCAAAAUUUCCAACGCUCUGUGCACUAUUAAAAGCGUACCGGAAUUGUGAUUCAGAUGAGAAGGGAAAGAAUUUGUUAGCUGACGCCUUGAAAUGCGAACCUGGAACAAGAAAGGUGGGGAAAGCUCUAUCAGAAACACUAUGGAAAACAUUUGGAAAACGUUGA